CUUGUUUAACAACUUCAACAAGACUUGUUCCCUCGCUUGUUGGUCCCAUGCUGUGUGUGUUGCUCCAGCAUUGCAGUACCUAAACCUAGUGCAGUAUGAAUAAAGAAAAGGCUGGGGGUCUAAAAUACGCCAGUUUAUUUAUCCUGACAAUACAGAAUGCAUUGCUGAUCCUCUCUAUGAGAUACUCUCGUAUUCAAGUUGGUGAGAUGUACAUCAGCACCACUGCAGUAGUGUUAUCAGAGACACUAAAACUCUUUACGUGUGUAGUCAUAUUAUUUAUAUCUGAGAAAAAAGGGCUGAUAGAGUUCACUGCUUAUCUUUUUCAAAGUGUCAUUGUAAAUUGGAGGGACACUUUGAAGCUCUCUGUACCUGCUCUAGUCUACAUGGUACAGAAUAACCUCCAGUAUAUUGCUGUCUCAAAUCUUGAUCCUGCAGUAUUUCAGGUAACUUAUCAGCUCAAGAUUUUAACAACAGCUGUUUUCUCUGUCAUAAUGCUACAAAAGACUCUGACUAGAACCCAAUGGGGGUCCUUGUUCCUCCUCUUUAUUGGCGUUACUCUCGUCCAGCUGAAACUAGCCUCGUCAAAUGAAUCUGAGAACGAAAACAAUAGUCAAAUCGUCGGUCUACUUGCCGUCAUUGUAUCAUGUCUUUCCUCAGGUUUUGCUGGAGUCUAUGUAGAAAAGAUGAUCAAAGGAGGCGGGGCUUCACUGUGGAUGCGUAACAUCCAGUUAAGUUUAUUUGGGUCUCUCACGGCAGUCCUUGGUAUGCUGAUGAAUGACGGAGGUGCUGUUAUGAGUCUUGGGUUUUUUUACGGCUAUAACUUUUUAGUAUUUUUUGUUGUUUUCCAGCAAGCCCUUGGUGGCCUCAUUGUAUCGGUAGUUAUGAAAUACGCUGAUAAUAUACUGAAGGGUUUCUCCACAUCUCUCUCUAUCAUCAUUUCUUGUGUUGUGUCCGUUUUCGUUUUCUCUUUCGUCAUUUCUACGUAUUUUGUGAUUGGUUGUUCCUUGGUCCUCAUAGCUAUAUAUCUUUAUGGUCGGUAUCAACCAACGAGUCCAUCCCUCCCUCAAAUAGUAUCAUCUCCUAGCGCCCCUAACGUAGCAGCUGGAAACUGAUUACUAUUACCAUUAUUAAUAUUAAUUUUAUUGUUAUUGUAUAUAAGUAGAAAUUCUACUUCCUGGCAAGUUCCUGCGA